CCAAAAUCUCAUCGGCCGCCUCCUUCCCCAAUCCAAAAACCCUAGCGGAGAAAUCUCUCCCCUCACCGUCCCGCGCGCUGCUCGGCCGCCAUGAGCGCCCCCAUGGAGGUCUCCUUCUCCGCGCCGCCUCCUCCGGAUGCGGCAUCUGCUGCCGCCGCGGCCCCAUCGCUGGUGCCCGCCGUGUCGGCGGCGGCGGUGGCGGCGACCACCGUUUCCUGCUCGCCGCAGCCACCGACGGGGUCGCCCUCGGCCGACGACAGGAUCCUCGUUUCAGUUGAAGUGCUUCUGCACGCCACUAGCACAGCUCGAGCCGAGGACGUCUGCGCUGCGGUGGAGAGGAUGUUAGAAGCUCGAAGCUUAAGCUAUGUUGAUGGUCCUGUCCCGAUUCCUAAUGAUGAUCCUUUUCUUCUUGCAAAUGUUAAAAGGAUCCAAAUCUGCGACACUGAUGAGUGGACUGAGAAUCACAAAGUUCUGUUAUUUUGGCAAGUCAGGCCUGUUGUUCAUGUGUUCCAGUUGAGCGAAGAUGGUCCAGGUGAGGAGCCGGGUGAGGACGAUACACUCUCUAGCUUCAAUGAGUGGGCUCUGCCUGCCAAAGAAUUUGAUGGGUUGUGGGAAAGCUUACUCUAUGAAGUUGGUCUCAAGCAGAGGUUGCUGAGAUAUGCUGCUAGUGCUUUGCUGUUUACUGAAAAGGGUGUAGACCCAUGUCUUGUUUCCUGGAACAGGAUUGUACUUUUGCAUGGUCCACCUGGAACAGGAAAGACUUCCUUGUGUAAAGCACUUGCUCAAAAACUUUCCAUUCGCUUCAAGUCAAGGUAUUCCAUGUGUCAAUUGAUUGAAGUCAAUGCCCAUUCACUGUUCAGCAAGUGGUUUUCUGAAAGCGGAAAACUGGUGGCCAAACUUUUCCAGAAGAUCCAGGAGAUGGUGGAAGAAGAAAGCAACCUGGUAUUUGUAUUGAUAGAUGAAGUUGAAAGCCUAGCUGCUGCCAGACAGGCUGCCAUAUCUGGAUCUGAACCUUCAGAUUCCAUAAGGGUUGUAAAUGCAUUACUUACACAAAUGGACAAACUCAAGUCUUGGCCAAAUGUUAUCAUUUUGACAACAUCAAAUAUCACCACAGCUAUUGAUAUUGCAUUUGUUGAUAGAGCAGACAUCAAGGCAUACGUUGGACCCCCAACCCUUCAAGCACGAUACGAAAUUUUGAGGUCAUGCUUACAGGAACUUUUGCGAGUUGGAAUUCUUACACAUACUCAGGGUGGCAAUUCUCUUUGCCUUUUGAGUUAUUUUAGCCUGAUGGAGAACCAGCACUGUCCUGAGGUCGCAGAUCCUCAUGGUUCGGUUCAUCUCUCUGGCCUACUCCAUAAAGCUGCAGAAAUAUGUGAGGGAUUAAGCGGUCGAACAUUGAGGAAACUUCCUUUCCUGGCACAUGCUUCUGUUGCUAACCCUUCAUGCUGCGAUGCCUCUGCUUUCCUGCACGCUUUGAUACAGACUGCUCAAAGAGAGCUCUCCGAGUCGCGUGGUUGAUUGAUUCCAUGCCGGUCACUUCGAAGAGCAAAUUGCUAACAGUUUCAAUUCCAGAGAUAGUUUUUAAGGGACCUCAAAGAUAGCUGGAAGCUAAUUCAGAGCCUGGUGCUAAAUACCGGCAGACCCCUGCAAUCUUUAGGUUUAGAACAGCAGAAGUCCAGAAUAGAUCUGAUUGUUGCUUUGAUACUUUUGUGUUUUGUAGAUUAUUAUAUAUAUAGUAUAUUGUGCCUCGAAGGAUGUCACUGAGUUAAACCAGAAACAAGACUUGAUUCGAGUUGCUGAAUGUUUAAAAGCAUAUGUUAUCACAUCUUGCGCUCUA